GCGCUGGACCUGAGAGGUGUGCGGGCGGGUUGAGCAGUGAGAGGUUUUGGCAGCCAUGGCUCCCAACGUGCCUGCGGCCGAACCGGUCCCAGAGUCUCCUAAAGGCAUCCGGGCCGUGCUCCUAGGGCCGCCCGGAGCCGGCAAGGGUACCCAGGCACCCAAAUUGGCUGAAAACUUCUGUGUCUGCCAUUUGGCUACCGGAGACAUGCUGAGGGCCAUGGUGGCUUCCGGCUCAGAGCUGGGAAAGAAGCUGAAGGCGACUAUGGAUGCUGGGAAGCUGGUGAGUGAUGAAAUGGUCGUGGAGCUCAUUGAAAAGAAUUUGGAGACCCCUCCAUGCAAAAAUGGUUUUCUUCUAGAUGGCUUCCCUCGGACCGUGAGGCAGGCAGAAAUGCUUGAUGACCUCAUGAAGAAGAGGAAAGAGAAGCUUGAUUCUGUGAUUGAAUUCAGCAUCCCAGACUCUCUGCUCAUCCGGAGAAUCACAGGAAGACUGAUUCACCCCCCGAGUGGCCGCUCCUACCACGAGGAGUUCAACCCCCCAAAGGAAUCCAUGAAAGAUGAUAUCACUGGGGAACCCUUGAUCCGCCGAUCAGAUGAUAAUGAGAAGGCCUUGAAAAUCCGCCUGAAGGCCUACCACACUCAAACCACCCCACUGGUGGAGUACUACAGUAAACGAGGGAUCCACUCCGCCAUCGAUGCAUCCCAGACCCCUGACGUCGUGUUUGCAAGCAUCCUAGCAGCAUUCUCCAAAGCCACAUCCUAGUAACAGAAGGCAAGGCGAGACUGCACCACUACUCAUCACCCCACGGCAUGAUCCCUGCUCUUAGGUGCUGGGCAGAGGGAGGGGCAGUCAGGGUAAGGAUGGGGAGGGAGGAGUGGUGAGGGCUCAAGAAGGGGAGAGGAGGUGUGUUGCCGUGAAGCAAUUUCUUUUACAUGAAAUAGGACUCUUAAAAGUAUAAGCAAAGGGAAAAAUUAAUUUUUUAAAACACUUGAUUGGAGGGUAUAAAUAGAAACAAAGAGAUGCAGUACUAUUUCUAAGGAAUCAUGUUUUCAUUUAGUUUGGACUGGUGACAACUGGACAGGUCUCAGUGCCCUGAGACCUCAGCUUUUAUCAGAACCUCAUGCCAGCCCAGGAAUGCAGGAGAUCACACUGUUGUCCUGUCUGUCCCAUAGCUUGAAACAGGGCAGGAGUUGAUUACUAAUCCUGGUCACCCAUACCAUGAAAUCGGAACGUCAUCUCCACACAUGAAAGAGACAUGGAGUGUGUUCCUGGGGGCAGCAUCUCAACAAAUCCGGCUUACUGGAGUCAUGGGGCGGGCUGGUGUCCCUCCCUUCAUACUCACCACUGAUUUACCAGCUCGCCUGCCCUCACGGGUGAGCCCUCGGCAGCCACCCAGCGUACGCCACAGUCCUGCACUCUUGCCUUCCUCCAUCCACAUCGUGUGAAAGGACUCUUAAUGAAUGAGCAAGUGUCCUAAGCAACAUUAUCCAAAGACUGUCCUUUCCAUCCUCAAAUCCUAUGACUGGGAUCACUCUACAACACUGUGAUGUAUUAUUUUCAAUGAGGUGCCUUUCUUAACUGUCCAAAUGCUGCCUUGUUUGGCCCCUAAAUAAAGUGUGUUAAAAGUUUGU